AUGGCGAAAGCAGAUGAUUCAUACAAGGAUUUACAAGAGGAAGUCACAUGUCCUAUAUGUAUGGAACUAUAUGAAGAUCCAAGAAUUCUACCUUGUUCUCAUACGUUGUGCUUCAAAUGCAUCGAAGGUGUGAUCCGUGCAAAGGGGGAUUUUAAAUGUCCGUUUAGAUGUAAUGUACAAGUGUCACAACAAGAUAUUGGACAAUUACCGUUGAACAGAGUAAUUCAUAAUAUUGUUGACCGUAUGAAAACAAAUAAACCUGCAAACCCAAACGCUCGAGCAAGUGCACCAAAAUUCAAAAUAUCUCCACAGCCAAAAGCAAUAUCGGAAAUGGCGUGUCAUCAUCUUUGUAGGAGUUGGUUUCUACGUGAGGAAAUUCGUAUCUCCGAAUAUUGUUAUGUUAUUAAGCUGUAUAAAAUCCCUGACAUCCCGGAAUCAAUCUCCAAAUAUUCGAUGGGAAAAUUUGAGGAUCUGGCUGAUAUUGUAGAACAGAUCAUUAGUGCAGAUGCUCAUCUCAAAAGCGCACUUCAACACGAGGAUCCGCAAUUUUUUAAAUAUUAUAAAAUGUCUACCUACGAAAUACUUUGCAUAUCUGAUAAACUGUGA